AUGAAUUCCGUUGGACCGAGCAAUGAUACAAUGGACGACUCAAAAGAUUCGUUCAAUAUCAAUUGGUAUAGUAAGUUGAUUGUUCCGCUCCUGUAUCGAAAAAAGAUCUCUGAUAGGGAUGAGGAUUCGAAAUAUCAUACGCGGAUGAAUAAUCAUUUGUUUCCAAAAGAAAUCAAAGAAUUUGUUGGGAAUCCUACAAGAGCCGGCCGGUCUUUUUUAUAUGACAGAUGGUCAGAACUUCAGCUGGAUUUGAAUCCUACUGAGAGGUUAUUUAAGAAAGAAGAAGGUGUUUCUUUUGUUCUUUUGAGGCAAUCGGAAAAUAAAGAAAUAGCUAAUAUAGUCAAGAUACAUAUGUAUUUACAAAAUACUGUCUCAAUUCAUCCUAUUUCAUCCGAUCCAGGAUGUGAUGGGGUUGCGAAAGAUGAGCUUUAUAGUUCCGAUUCAUUCUUGAACAAAAAUAGACUUUUUGGGUUAUUUGAUCUAUUCCAUGACCGGAAUAGGGCAGGAUACUUGUUACACCAUGAUUUUGAAUCAGAAGAGAGAUUUCAAGAAAUGGCAAAUCUAUUCAAUCUAUCAAUAACUAAGCCGGAUCUAGUGUAUCAUAAGGGAUUUUCUUUUUCUAUUCAUUCGUCCGGAUUGGAUCAAAAACAAAAGUUCGUAAAUGAGGUCAACUCCAGGGAUGAAUCAAAAAAGAAAUUUUUAUUGGUUCUACCUCCUCUUUUUUACGAAGAGAAUGAAUCUUUUUAUCCAAACAAUACCUAUGGAUACAUAAAAAACCUAUGGAAUCGAUUCCAUCGCAACUCGGAAUAUGGAAUUCAAAGGUAUCAAAUAGGAAAAAAGAUUUUUAAUCAUAGACCUACAAGGAAAUACACGAUCAACCAACAUUUCUCAAAUUGGAAAAAAAACCAGAAGAAAUGGCCUCUUAUUUUGAUUUAUCAAACCGAGAGAUCUAUGAAUAAGGAUCCAAAUGCAUAUAAAUACAAAUGGUCCAAUGGGAGUAAGAAUUUCCAGGAACAAUUGGACCGUUUCAUUUCUGAGCAGAAUAGCCGUUUUCAAGUAGUGUUCAAUCGAUUUCAAGUAGUGUUCGAUCGAUUACAUAUGAAUGCAUAUUCGAUUGAUUGGUCUGAGGUUAUUGAUUGGUCUGAGGUUAUUGACAAAAAAGAUUUGUCUAAGUCACUUUAUUUCUUUUUGUCCAAGUUUCUUCCAUUUUUGUCUAACUCACUUUAUUUCUUUUUGUCCAAGUUUCUUCCAUUUUUGUCUAACUCACUUCCUUUUUUCUUUGUGAGUUUCGGUAAUAUCCCUGUUCAUAGGUCCGAGAUCCACGUGUAUGAAUUGAAACGUCCGAAUGAUCCACUCGGGAAUCAGUUGUUAGAAUCAAUAGGUCUUCAAAUCGUUCAUUUGAAAAAAAGGAAACCCUUCUUAUUGGAUGACUUUUAUACUUCUAAAAAAUCAAAAUUAUCCUUCAAUGAAGGAACAAUAUCACCAUUUUUGUUCAAUAAGAGAGAAAAUUGGAUAUCAUUCCAUACUAGAAAGAAGAAAAAAAAAGAAGAAGAGAAGAAGAAGCGCAGGAAAUCUUUUUAUAACAUGGAUUUCUCAAUGAUAUCUCACGAUCAAGAGAAUUGGCGGAAUCCGCUGAAACCAUUUCAUAGAAGUUCGUUGAUAUCCUCUUUUUUAAAAGCACAUCGACUUCGAUUCUUUAAUAAUCAAUAUGCGGUAAGGUCCUGUAAUUAUGAUUUUCUUAAGUAUGUUCUUACUGGAAUUGAUGAUUCAGAAGGGAAGAACCAUGAGUAUCUCAAAUUAAAGUCACAGAUGAUGUAUUUGUUUUAUAAUCGAUAUUGGAUUCAUACUCAAUAUUCUGAGAAAGAUUUUUCUGGGAAAUAUUUACUAUCCGAAAAGAGAAAAAAACACAGUCCUUGUUUAACAAAAGAUUCUGAGAAAUAUUUACGAUCCGAAAAGAGAAAAAAACACAGUCCUUGUUUAACAAAAGAUUCUGAGAAAUAUUUACGAUCCGAAAAGAGAAAAAAACACAGUCCUUGUUUAACAAAAUGCUUUGAAAAAGGGCCGAUGUAUAGAAACUAUCAAAGAAAUAGUGUUUUUUCAACUCUCUCAAAAUUGAAGCAAUUCCAACCAUAUAUAAUACAAUUGUUACUUACCCGGACAGGACAUGAAUAUCUAAAUUUAAUAUUUUUAGAUACUUUUUUAGACCUAUUGGCGAUACUACGUAGGAGUCCUAAAUUUCUACAAUUUGUAUCCAUUUUUCAUGAUAUUAGGGAUGGAUCCAAGCGAAUUCUUCGGGAAAAAUUGUGUCUUUCACCACGGAAUCCUAUACGUGAGAUUUUGAGUAAGUGUCGACACAAUUUUCUUGUGCACGUGUGCGAAGAUAUUUUGGAAAAUGAGUCACCAUUGAUAUCGACCCAUCUGAGGGAGUUCUUCGUUUUAAACCUUAUCCUUCUUCUUGUUACCGGAUAUCUCGUUCAGACACAUCUUGUCUUUGUUUCUCGAUUCUCUAAUGAGUUACAGACAGAGUUCGAAGAAGUCAAAUCUUUGAUGAUUCCAUCAUACAUGAUUGAGUUGGAAAAACUUCUGGAUAGGUAUCCUAUAUCAGAACUGAAUUCUUUUGGGUUAAAGGAUAUGUUUCUCGUUGCUCUGAAACAAUUAGGAAAUUUUCUAGAAGAAAGACGAGGUUCGGCUUCUGCUGGCAACAUGCCAAGGGGUGGUGGUCCCGCUUAUGUGGUCAAAUCCAUACGUUCGAAGAAGAACGAUUUGAAUCUCAUCGAUCUCAUAAGGAUUAUACCAAAUCCCAUCAAUCGAAUCGCGUUUUUGAGAAAUACUAGACAUUUAAGUCAUACAAGUAAAGCGAUCUAUACCUUGAUAAGAAAAAGAAAAAAUCUGAAUAGUGAUUGGAUUGAUGAUAAAAUAGAAUCCUGGAUCUUGAACAGUGAUUUCAUUGCUGAUAAAGAAAGGGAAUUCAUGGUUCAGUUCUCUACCUUAACGACAGAAAAAAGGAUUGAUCAAAUUUUAAGGAGUCUGACUAAUAGUGAUCGUUUAUCAAAGAAUAACUCUGGUUAUCAAAUGAUUGAGCAACCGGGAACAAUUUACUUACGAAAUUUAAUUGACAUUCAUAAAAAAAAUCUACUAAAUUAUGAGUUCAAUACAUCCUGCUUAGCAGAAAGACGGAUAUUCCUCGCUCAUUAUCAGACAAUCACUUAUUCAGAAACCCCGUGUGGAGCUAAUCUUUUGCAUUUCCCAUCUCAUGGAAAACCCUUUUCGCUCCGCUUAACCGUAUCCCCUCCUCGGGGUAUUUUAGUGAUAGGUUCUAUAGGAACUGGACGAUCCUAUUUGGUCAAAUAUCUAGCGACAAACUCCUAUGUUCCUUUCAUUACAGUAUCUGUAAACAAGUUCCUGGAUAACUAUCCUAAAGGUUUUGAUAUUAAUGAUCUUUUUGAUGAAGAUGAUGAUGAUGAUGAUCUUUUUGAUGAGAGAGAGGGUACCAUUUACAGUCUUUUACCUAGAACCGAGGAUAGGGGCUAUAAUUUGGAUAGGUAUGAUAGUGACUAUCUCGACCGUAACUAUGAUAGCCAUUUGGAGUUUCUAAGUAUGGACUAUCCGAUACCUGAGGAUAUCAUACCGGAAAUAGACCAAUUUUUUCUCACGCUUCAAUUCGAAUUAGCAAAAGCAAUGUCUCCUUGCAUAAUUUGGAUUCCGAACAUUCAUGAUCUGGAUGGGAAUGAGUCGAAUGACUUAUCCCUGGGUCUAUUAGUGAACUCUCUUUCCAGGGAUUCUGAAAAAUCUUCUACUAGAAAUAUUCUUGUUAUUGCUUCGACUCAUAUUCCGCAAAAAGUGGAUCCCGCUCUAAUAGCUCCGAAUAAAUUAAAUACGUGUAUUAAAAUACGAAGGCUUCUUAUUCCACAACAAAGAAAGCACUUUUUCAGUCUUGCUCGUACGCGGGGUUUUCACUUGGAAAAGAAAAUAUUCGAUACUAAUGGAUGCGGGUCCAUAACUCUGGGUUCUAAUGUACGAGAUCUUGUAGCACUUACCAAUGAGGCGCUAUCGAUUAGUAUUAUACAAAAAAAAUCCAUUAUAGACACUAAUAUAAUUAGACACGCUCUUCAUAGACAAACUUGGGAUUUUAGAUCUCAGAUAAGAUCGGUUGAGGAUCAUGGUAUACUUUUCUAUCAGAUAGGAAGGGCUGUUUCACAAAAUCUACUUCUAAGUAAUUUUUCCAUAGAUCCUAUAUCUAUCUAUAUGAAGAAGAAAUCAUGUAACGGGGUGGAUUCUGAUUUGUACAAAUGGUACUUGGAACUUGGAACAAGCAUGAAGAAAUUAACGAUACUUCUUUAUCUUUUGAGUUGUUCUGCCGGAUCCGUCGCUCAAAACCUUUGGUCUCUAACCGGACCUAAUGAAAAAAAUGAUGGUAUCACUUCUUAUAGACUCCUUUAUAAUGAUUCUGAUCUAGUUCAUGGGCUAUUAGAAAUAGAAGGUGCUCUGCUGGGAUCCUCACAGACAGGAAGUCCUUUUGAGAAUGAUGGAGUAACAUUUCUUCUUAGGCCCGAACCAAGGAAUCCUAUCAAUAUGAUUCAAAAUGGAUCUCGUUCUAUCCUUGAUCAUAGAUUUCUCUAUGAAAAAAAUGAAUCGGGGUUCGAAGAAGGGGAAGGAGUCCUCGACCCGCUAGAGGAGGAUUUAUUGAAUCACAUAGUUUGGGCUCCUAGAAUAUGGCGCCCUUGGGAAUUUCUAUUUGAUGAUUGUAUCGAAAGGUCCAAUGAAUUCGGAUUUCCCUAUUGGGAAAGGUCAUUUUGGGACAAGCAGAUCAGUUAUGAUGAAGAGGGUGAGCUUCAAGAGAAUGAUUCGGAGUUCUUGCAGGAUGGAACCAUGGAGUACCAGACACAAAAAAGAUCUUUCAAAGAACAGGGCGUUUUUCGAAUAAGCCAAUUCAUUUGGGACCCUUCGGAUCCACUCUUUUUGCUAUUCCAAGAUGAUCCUUCUGUAUCUGUGUUUUCACAUCGAGAAUUGGUUGCAGAUGAGGAGAUGUCAAAUAGACUUUUGACUUGCCAAACAAAAAAAAUUUAUUGGAAAUAUCUAAAUAAACCCUGGUUUAGGAAGAAUAUGCCAGAACAGAAUUUCGAAUUGUUGAUUGAUCGACAGAGACAGUUUAGAACCAAUAGUUCAUUCUCAAAUGAAUUGUUUCGUUCUACUACUCUAUCCGAGAGUUAUCAAUAUUUAUCAAAUCUGUUCCUAUCUAAUGGAACCCUAUUGGCUCAAAUUACAAAGACAUUGUUGAGAAAAAGAUGGCUUUUCCCGGAGGAGAUGGUUGUUACUAUCUGUUCCAAUAACGAAUGA